GGACCUGAACUUCUCACCAUGUGGUUUGGAGAAUCUGAAGCUAAUGUGCGUGACGUAUUCGAUAAGGCUCGUGCUGCGGCACCUUGUGUUCUAUUCUUCGAUGAAUUGGAUUCGAUCGCAAAAGCUCGUGGAGGAACUGCGGGUGAUGCUGGUGGCGCGGCUGAUCGUGUAAUUAAUCAAAUCCUUACCGAAAUGGAUGGUAUGAACUCGAAAAAGAAUGUAUUCAUUAUCGGAGCCACCAACAGACCAGACAUCAUUGAUUCUGCUAUUCUUCGUCCAGGACGUCUUGAUCAGUUGAUUUACAUUCCACUUCCUGAUGAAGCAUCUCGGCUUCAGAUCUUCAAGGCUAAUCUUCGAAAGACUCCUGUAGCCAAGGAUGUGGACAUGACAUUCCUGUCGAAGAGCACUGUGGGAUUCUCUGGUGCUGAUCUUACGGAAAUCUGCCAAAGAGCGUGUAAACUUGCCAUCCGAGAGUCGAUUGAGAAGGAAAUCAAGAUUGAGAAAGAUAGGCAGGAACGACGUGCACGCGGAGAGGAGCUCAUGGAGGAUGAGGCUUAUGAUCCAGUGCCUGAAAUCACUCGUGCACAUUUCGAGGAGGCCAUGAAGUUUGCUCGAAGAUCCGUAUCUGAUAAUGACAUCAGAAAGUAUGAGAUGUUCGCGCAAACUCUGCAGCAACAGAGAGGAUUUGGGAACAACUUCAAAUUCCCAGGGGAGCAGCCCAAUCAGCCGUCGGGAGUUCCUGUCGGAGGAAACGAUGAUGACGAUCUUUACAGUUAA